AUGCUGUCCAGGACAAUCAGGAGGAGCAUUGUCUCCCCCUUCCGGCGCAAUGCCAUCGCUCCGGCUGCGCGACCCGCGUUCCGGUUCGUAACCACGGAUGCGGCUUCAUCGCAUACGGACCCGGAGAAUGUGCCAGAGGAGGAUGACAAGCCCUUCGAAGUCCGCCUCUCCGACGAGGCCUUCGAGACAUACGAGCUCGACCCGCCGCCAUACACCCUCGAUGUCACCAAGAAUGAGCUGAAGAAGAUGUAUUACGAUAUGGUCGCCAUACGACGUAUGGAAAUGGCCGCCGACAGGCUCUACAAGGAGAAGAAGAUCCGUGGUUUCUGCCAUUUGUCCACCGGCCAGGAAGCUGUCGCCGUUGGCAUUGAGCACGCUAUUGACCGCCAGGACCAUCUCAUCACCUCCUACCGCUGCCACGGUUUCGCUCUCAUGCGCGGAGGCUCCGUCAAGUCCAUCAUCGGUGAAUUGCUCGGCAGGAGAGAGGGCAUCGCCUACGGAAAGGGUGGAUCCAUGCACAUGUUCGCGCCUGGCUUCUACGGUGGAAAUGGUAUCGUCGGCGCCCAGGUCCCCGUUGGCGCUGGAAUUGCCUUCGCUUGCCAGUACCAGAACAAGAAGAAUGUCACGCUUGCGCUGUACGGAGAUGGUGCUUCCAACCAGGGUCAGGUCUUUGAGGCGUACAACAUGGCCAAGCUGUGGAAUCUGCCUGUCAUCUUCGCCUGCGAGAACAACAAGUACGGUAUGGGUACUGCCGCUAACCGCUCCUCCGCCCUCACCGACUACUACAAGCGCGGCCAGUACAUCCCUGGUCUGAAGAUCAACGGCAUGGACGUUCUCGCCGUCAAGGCCGCCGUCAAGUACGGAAAGGAGUACGCCGCCGCUGGCAAGGGCCCUCUCGUUUACGAAUACGUCACAUAUCGCUAUGGAGGCCACUCCAUGUCCGAUCCCGGCACCACUUACCGAACUCGUGAAGAAAUUCAACGCAUGCGCAGCACCAACGACCCCAUCGCCGGCCUCAAGCAGAAGCUCCUUGACUGGGGCAUCACCACGGAAGAGGACCUCAAGAGCAUCGAUAAGCAGGCCCGCGCCGACGUUGACGCCGAGGUCGCCGAGGCAGAGAAGAUGGAGGCCCCUGACGCGACGGCCAAGGUCCUGUACGAGGACAUCUACGUGAGAGGUUCGGAGCCAGAGUUCUUGAGGGGACGCAUCCCAGAAGAGAACUUUUAUUACACUGAGCAUGACAUGGGUGAGCAGAAGGCGCCUGUUGCCAGGACGGCAUAG